UUUUUUUGGUGUGACGUAACAUCAUUGUCUGUGUCUUUAUGCGUGUGUCUGACUGUAUGCGCAUGUGCCCAAAGCAUCACCCACCCCAUCACAAACAGCUGGAAAUCACGCAUACAACAUACAGGAGGGAGGCACGCAUACAACAAAGACAAAAUUCAAAACCCCAAUCAAAUAAAAAAUAAACAUUUUUUACUCUUACUUGCUUUCUUUCCUUUGUUUUUAUUAUUAUUACUAUCAUUUAGACUAUUGUAUUAUAUUUUUGUAUUAUUAACAUGACUGCAGACACAUCUAUUUUAACAACAGCCUCGACGCCCUUGCUGCCGCGGCUCCCCGCAGCCACAGAACAGGGGGCGAAGCGACUAUCGACCUGGCAGCUACUGGCCGCAACCCUGCUUCUCUGCGGGAUCCAAUUUGUCUGGACGGUGGAGCUCGGCUACGGCACGCCCUACCUCCUCUCACUCGGGCUCAGCAAACCCUUGAUGACGCUAGUCUGGAUGGCCGGCCCGCUUUCAGGGCUGAUAAUCCAACCAAUCGUCGGGCAGCUCAGUGACCGCAGCCAGUCUUCAUGGGGCCGUCGGCGGCCGUUCAUCCUGGGCGGAUCCGUUUUCGUUAUCUUGUCCGUAUUGUGCAUCUCGUAUGCGCGGGAACUCGGUCAUUUGGCGGAUGUGUGGUUGGGGUGGGGCGAUCGGAGUGUUUUGUUUGCAGUCGGGGGGUUUUACGUUUUGGACUUUAGCAUCAAUGCGGCGCAGGCGUGCGGGCGGGCAUUGGCGCUGGAUGUGGCGCCGUUGGAGCAGCAGGGGGAGGUGAAUGCGUGGGCCGGGCGGAUGCUCAACCUGGGCGGUGUUGCCGGGUACCUUGUUGGGUUCACGGAUCUGGCGCGCUGGGGCGUGGGCACUCAGAUGCAGGCUUUGUGCCUGGUGGCCCUGGCUGUGUUCACAGUGACCACGGCCGUGUCAUGCAUUGGCGUGCAGGAGAAGCAAGCUGACGGAGCCUCGGCAGCGGUGGAGUCCGACUGGGGCAGCUUGGCGCGUGGGAUUUGGCGUGGCGUCAGGCAGCUGCCGCGGCCGGUGCAGAUGGUAUGCAAUGUGCAGUUUUUCGCGUGGAUGGCGUGGUUCCCGUUUCUGUUUUUUGCGACGACCUGGGUGGUCGAGGUGAUUGCGCGUGAGGAGCAAGUGGAGGACGCGCGGGACCCGGCGUUUCUCGAGCGGGCGACCAGGGCCGGGUCGUUUGCCAUGUUUCUGUACUCUGUCGCAUCGCUGGGGCUGUCGCUAUUGCUGCCGCUGCUUGUGGGCGAGCGGUGCGGGCUGCGGUGGUGGUGGCGGGCGUCGCUGGUGGCGAUGGCGGCGGUGCUGGGGCCGGGCACGUGGAUGGCCGGUAGCGUGGGUGGUGCGACGGCCGUGAUUGUGCUGAUGGCGUUUCCCUGGGCGCUGGCCAUGUGGGCGCCGUUCGCGAUGGUCGGCGAGUAUGUGAGUAUAGCGGCGGCGUCGAGAGAAAGUCAGAGCGACGGAGUAUCUUUGCUGGAGGGCGGGGCGAUCCUGGGCAUCCACAAUAUGUACGUGGUGCUGCCGCAGUUUGUUAUCAACGGGGUAUCGUCGCUGGUGUUUAUGCUGAUUGGCCGACAGAGCGGAAAUGAUCUGCGGUCUGUUGAGUUUUUGGCUUUACAGGCAGUGGCAGCGGCGACGGGGGCGGUUGAUGGAGUGGGGGUUGUUUUGAGGAUUGGCGCCGGCAGCGCUUUGAUUGCGGCAUUUUUGACGGUAUUUCUGUAUGAUCAGAGGCAGAUGCAAGGCUUCGUUGUUGAGCAAAGGCUUGGGUGAAAGACAAAACAAGCGGCAGUAAA